GCUAUUGGAACCACGGGUCUGACGACUUUUAUCAAUGGAACCAGACCUCCUUCGACAGCAACAGUGGAGAAGGUGUCGCUUAUGACCAGGGAUUUGGUGACCAAACUGACAACAAUGCGACUUGGCAAAUGCCAUAUAACCAAGAUCCUUCCUUUGGGCUGGACCAGAACCAGAUGCAGAACGGAGGUUACACCCUUUAGAGUGAAACCCAGGCAACAACAGGAUCCGAAUCUGUGGGAGUCCAACCAUCGCUCCCACUGCAGCCAUCAGGAUACCACUACGACUACUCCAUGGCUGCAUUUGAUCCCACACAACAAACCGGCCAACAGCCGUUUCCACUUUCCAACGACGUUGGAACCGAUAUUGUCGAAAGCGAAGAAAAUGCCGGGUCGCAGGAGGGAGACAUACUGGAUAUUAAAAACAUGAAGAAGAACGCCGAUGGGAAUUAUUAUUGUCCCUGGGAGGACUGUGAGCACAAGGAGAGUCGGAGGACGGAGUUGAGGAAGCAUCUCAAGAAACAUGUCAAGCCGAACACUUGCCAUAUCUGUGGCAAGGACACGGCCGAGCGCCGAGACUUGCAGCGCCACAUAUUGUCUCACCACACACCCUCCAAGGACAAGAAGAAGUACACGUGCAGUAUUUGCAACCAAACUUUUACGAGGGACGACAAUCUGAAGAAGCACCAGACAAAUAUGCAUUCAUGA